CCAGCCUACCCGUCAGAGUCCACCCUUCUCCACGCAACGGCAAUAUCCGGUGCUAGUCCGUCUCCUAGAGGUUUCCAGUGAGAAACUACUUCCGGUAUUUUACGCUUGCGCAGGAGGCAAUUUCCAGUCCUUUUCUUUCCGAUGUUAUGCAUUUCGACUUGGCCAACGGAUUGCAGGAAAAGGAUGGCGACAGCCGCUAUGAGGAGAUUCUGGUCCAGUGGGCGCAGUGAAGCGAGUGGUUCCGCGACGGUGGCGGCAAAGCCAGGGAUGUGGGCGCGACUGGGCACAUGGGCCCGCGCGCUGCUGCGAGAUUACGCCGAGGCGUGCGGAGACGCGGCGGCCGCGGCCCGUGCCCGACCGGGCCGCGCGGCCGUGUAUGUGGGGCUGCUGGGCGGCGCCGCGGCCUGCUGUGCCCUGGCACCCAGUGAGACGACCUUCGAGGAGGCCUUGCUCGACGCGUCGGGGUCUCUCUUGCUGCUGGCGCCCACCACGCGCAACCGCCACUCGGAAGCGCUUUUGCAACGCCUGCUGUGGCUGAGAGGCCGCGGGCGCCUGCGCCACGUGAACCUGGGACUCUGCUCGCUGAUAUACGAGGCGCCCUUCGAUGCCCAGGCCAGCCUCUACCAGGCCCGCUGCCGCUACCUGCAGCCACGCUGGAUCGACUUCCCCAGCCGGGUCCUCGACGUGGGCUUCGUGGGUCGUUGGUGGGUCCUGGAGAACCGCAUGCGUGAUUGCGACAUCAACCACGACGAGUUUCUCCACCUGCCUGCACACCUCCGCGUUGUCGCGCCCCACGAGCUGCACUCUGAGGACAACGAGAGGCUGUUCGAGGAGAAGUUCGAGCCGGUCGUGCUCACCAGUGACCAGGUGGACCAGGCGCUGUGGGAAGAGCGGUUGUUGCAGAAGGAGAGAAAGGAUAGACUGGCGCUGAGCGAGGCCGCUUCACUGUUGAAAUCCGAGGUUUCCAGAUGAAGCCCAAGGAGCCCCCUCAUCUCCAGGCUCAGGCAAACUGUUGGCCACGGAUGAUGCAGUGGAUGAGACGGAGAUGAACCGCACGCACUGUGGUUUUGAGGGACUGCUUCCCCAGUAGCUGAAGCUGAUUGAAAGUCCUCCUGGCAUUGGAGAUGGAGCACUUGACUGUUCUGUUUAACCACCAGGACUAUGAGUAGGGAGCCUGUUUUGUGUAGCCUGUUGUACCUAGGAAUUGUCCUUGAGUGCUAGCUUAGCUUAGUCUGGCUUCUGUUCUCCGCACUGCAAAACAGAACAAAAAUGAACUUUUGCUUUGGGGUUAUUGUUUAUUUGGUUGGUUUUUGAAGCCAGGAUUCCCAUACAGCCUAGACUGCCCUUGAAUCCUGCCUGAGCUCAGUCCGUCACAGUGUACAUAUGUAGCCCAUGCGUAAGUCCUGUUCACGGGGCUACAAAGACAUCCUGAUUGCCACUGAGUACCAAGAUGCUAAGAUCACUCACAUAUUCACAUUCUUUUUCGAGUGUUCAUAAGAAUUUUUAAGAAAGAUCUGGCUCUGUUGCCCAGGCUAAUCUAGAGUUCAUGGGCACAAGUGGACCUUCCAGGAGCUGGAUAGUUCAAUAUUCAAGAGUACUGACUAGGGGCUGGAGACAUGGUUCAGAGGUUAAGAGCAUUGCCUGCUCUUCCAAAGGUCCUGAGUUCAAUUCCCAGCAACCACUUGGUGGCUCACAACCAUCUGUAAUGGAGUCUGGUGCCCUCUUCUGGCCUGCAGGCAUACACACAGACAGAAUAUUGUAUACAUAAUAAAUAAAUAUUUAAAAAAAAAAAAGAGUACUGACUGCUCUUCCCUUCCAGAGAGCCUCGAUUCACGUCUCCCCGUCCUCAUAGGGUUUCACAAACAUCUAUAACUCCAGUUCAGGAAAUCCGACCUUUCUCUUCUGGAUUCCUUGGGCACUAGGCAGGUAUGUGUUUUACAGAUGUGUGUGCAGACAAGACACACACAUUUAAAAAACGAUCCUCCUAAACAGCCUUCCAAGGUUGGGACUACAAUCCACAGUGGCCAACCUCAGAUGAUUCUUUUUCAGUUGGAGCUGAGAUGUGCUUGUUUGGGGUUUUGUUUGUUGUGGGUUUUGGUUUGGUUUAAGACAGGGUCUGGAACUGGCUAUGAAGAACAGUCUGACCUUCAACUCACAGAUAACUGCCUCUGAAAUUUGAAUUUUGUUUUAUUUUUUUUUUUUUUGUUUGAUUUGUCUCUGAGACAUGUUCCGACAGCCCAGACCAGCCUCACAAUCAGUACGUAGCAAAGGAUAACCGAAUGAUCCUCUUGACUACGUCCCAAAUGGAGGGUGAAGAGUUUCUGUUGUAUCAUUGCUGAAUACAUUUCAUUUGUCUUGUGCUAGUCAACAAGCCCUGUACCCCUAGUCUUCUUGGGGUUUUUUGUUUUGAUAAUUUCUUUAUGUAGUCCUUGAGGCCCUUCGACUUAGCCUCUUGCUCUCUUUUUUUCCCCCCUCCAGUUUUUCAAGGUAAUGUUUUUCUGUAGCUUUGGAACCUGUCCUGGAACUAGCUGUUUUGGAUUCUGUCCUGGAACUAGCUCUUGUAGACCAGGCUGACCUCCACAUAAUCCACCUGCCUCUGCCUCCCAAGUGCUGGGAUUAAAGGUGUGCACCACCACCACCCCACUGACGUAGCUUCUCUUAACUAGUAAUGUUGUAUAUUGUCAGUAUAGGAGAUAGGUAUGGAGGGGAGCAGAUUUUACUGUCUAUGUGUAUGGCAGCAAUUGGAAGCAUGGCAGAAGGCUGGAGUGUAUUCUCCUCCCACGGCCUACAUGUAGUCAUAUGUCAUCACACUGCAGUGACCAUGGAAACAGUUCUGUGGAAAGGAACAAGUUGGGACAUGUAGGUUGAAUCUGACAAGGUUCUAGAAAUCCAUCUCAAGCUAACAUUAGGAAAGCAAGUCUGCCAAUGUCAAGUGGACCGUGACUAGUCAGUAGAAGUAGGUUCAUCCUUGGUUGGGGCUUGUCUGUGGUGCCCGGACUUCACUCCCCACAGUCCUGGUGCUGUGUGUUUUGCCUCUUUCUUCUAUUAUCUGAUGUACUGACAUUGUGGUAGUUCUUUUGUUUGGUUGGGUUUUGUUUUUUUGAGGCAGGAUUUCUCUUUGGAAACCUGGCUGUCCUGGCGUAUGGUAGUUCUUAAAUCCAGAUCUGGCUAAAUGAGGAUGUUAAUCCACAUCUUAGGGACUGGCAAGGCUGCUCCACAGAAGAAGGCACAUUCGGCUAAGCCCAACCACCUGAGUUCAUGCCCUGGAACUCACUUGGUAAGAUGAGAGAACUCCUCCAAGUUUCCCUGUGACCUCCAUGCCCACAAAAUAAACUGUAAUAAAGGUUUCUAAAAAGUUCACAUUUUCAGGGCUGGAGAGAUGGUUUGGAGGUUAAGAGCACUGGCUGCUCUUCCAGGCGUCCUGAGUUCAAUUCCCAGCAAUCACAUGGUGGUUCACAACCAUCUAUAGUGAAAUCUGGUGCCCUCUCCUGGCCUGCAGGCACACAUGCAGGCAGAACACAGUAUACAUAAUAAAUAAACCUUAUUAAAAAAAAUUCACAUUUUCUCAUUUUAGAUGUUUUAAUUAGCAUAUUUUAAUGAUCUGUAAUAAGAUUCAUUAAAGCUUUUUUUUUUCUAAGAAGGGUUUCUCUGUAGCUUUGGAGCCUGUCCUGGAACUAGCUCUUGUAACCCAGGCUGGCCUUUUACUCCUCUGCCUCCUGAGUGCUAG